GUUCCCUUUUAGAUAAGUGAGAAUUAUUUUCAGCAAAAAAACAUGAGCAGAGGGAAAUCCUUCACCUGUUAUGAGGAAUCAAUAUCACUUUUAAGCUUCCUCCAAAUUGUGAUGGUGGUUACUGUGUUACUAUUGCAUCAUCAUCAUCAAACAUGUGAUGCAAUUACUAAUACAAAUAACAAAACAUAUUGUCCACCUUCUUCAUGCGGCAAAAUCAGCAACAUCAAACAUCCGUUUCGACUUAAGAAUGACCCAGCAACCUGUGGUGAUCCAAAGUACGAGUUAUCCUGCGAAAACAACAUCACAGCGUUAACUCUGUUUUCAGGUAAAUACUAUGUGCAGGAAAUCAACUACAUAAACUACACAAUUCGGUUAGUUGAUCCAGGAAUUGAAGAAGGUGAUUACUCCUCCAUUCCUCGCUAUUCUUUAACCAGUUCCAAUCUCACAAUCUUUCAAUACUAUGAUUACAAUGACGCGGAUCCAUAUCAAAUCGAUACUUAUUUUAAACACGGGUACAUAAUAUACUUGAAGUGUAGCAAACAAGUGAAUGAUGAUACUGAGUAUGUGGAUACAGCUCCCUGCAUCAGCUCCGACUCCAAAAGCUAUCUUUAUGCUUUUGCGUCAGACUUCUGCGUGGAGUACUAUGAAGAUGACUAUGGGUACGAGGAGUGUUACUAUUGGAAACACUUUUCAGUUGGGAGAUUAAAAGAUUAUUGCCAAGUGAAGCUUGUUGCUAUGUCAUCUUAUUUUCCUAAUGUCAGAGUCAGAGAAGGUGUACCAGAUCGAUCACUUUCAUACCAGGAAAUUCAUGGAAUGCUACUCUAUGGAUUUCAGCUAUCGUGGAUGAGCAGUGCUUGUAGAGAACUUUGCGGCGAGAAAAAUGAGUGCAAGUUGAAUUACACCACCGGAGCUUUUGAAUGUUCUGAUAAUAAUUAUUGCGAAUAUCCAUUGGGACCUGAAGUCAACAAAAGAUGCGACCAAGUGCCAAAGCAGUUCAUAUUAAUGGAAGAUAUAAUACUUGGCAUUGUCAAAGGAGUGCUAAAAAUAUUUGGCUUGACAAAAAGCUCUGUGUUACCACAGAAAAAUUUAGAAUCUAAAACUGCCAUCGACACAGGAAGAGUGAUAGGAAGAUAUCUUUUGCCAAUAUUUGUUGCAAGAUAUGUCCCGGGCCUUCUGGUUUUCUUUGUGCUAUUGAUAUAUACUUGUCGGAGAAGACAUAUAUCAAUGUAUGAAGAUAUUGAAGUUUUUCUUCAAGGGAGUACUUUGAUGCCAAUUAGGUAUUCAUACAAAGAAAUAAAGAAGAUGACUCGAAGUUUUAAAGACAAGUUGGGUGAAGGAGGCUUUGGAGCUGUUUAUAAAGGAAAGCUAUGCAGCGGGCCAUUUGUGGCCAUAAAGAUGUUGGGUAAAUCUAAGGGUAAUGGACAAGAUUUCAUUAGUGAAGUCGCAACCAUAGGAAGAAUACAUCACACCAAUGUGGUUCGACUUAUUGGGUUUUGUGUUGAAGGAUCAAAGCGUGCUCUUGUUUAUGAAUUCAUGUCCAAUGGCUCUCUUGAUAAAUAUAUUUCCUCUAGAGAGGAUACUAUCUCUCUAAAUUAUCAGAAAAUGUAUGAGAUAUCUCUUGGAGUGGCUCGUGGUAUGGCUUAUUUACAUCAAGGAUGUGACAUGCAAAUUUUGCAUUUUGAUAUCAAGCCCCAUAACAUCCUUCUUGAUGAGAACUUUAUCCCCAAAGUUUCAGACUUUGGUCUUGCUAAGCUUUAUCCUAAUGAGAUUAGCAUUGUCACUUUAACUGCAGCAAGAGGAACAAUUGGAUAUAUGGCUCCUGAAUUGUUCUACAAAAAUAUUGGAGGAGUAUCCUACAAGGCUGAUGUAUAUAGCUUCGGAAUGCUUUUGAUGGAAAUGGCAAGUAAGAAAAGAAACUUAAAUCCACAUGCCGAACGUUCAAGUCAAAUUUUCUUUCCCAUUUGGAUUUAUAAUCAAUUGGCUGAUGAAAGGGAAAUAGAAAUGGAUGAAAUCUCAUAUGAGGAAAAUAUUAAUGUGAAGAAGAUGUUCAUAAUAGCAUUAUGGUGUAUACAAUUGAAACCAUGUGAUCGUCCUUCAAUGAACAAAGUGAUAGAGAUGCUUGAAGGAACUAUUGAAAAUAUUGAAAUGCCUCCAAAGCCCUCUUUGUAUCCAAAUGAAAUGAUUCAGGAAGACCUUGACAUCAACUCUAAUGAAAUUGAAUCUGAAAAUUAUGGCUCUACUAGUUUAAUCGAUGACGAAGAUGCAACAAAGUCUCUAUUGAUGAAUUCUGCUUAAUAAUUUCUGCUACUUUAUUUACUUUCAGAAGUACAUUUAUGUUAUAUUUGGAAGAAUAUAUGUCAAUAAUGUAAUAAGAGUACAUAAGAAAGCCAUCCCUGUUAAUUUAA